AUGCACUAUGACAAAUAUCAAAAAGAGACACCCCCAAAUCCCAUUCCAAAUUCCCAAGCCAAGUGCCAGGAUUUCAGCUUCACUCGGGACCUGUCCAUGGACCUCUCAGACACCGUCACAUCUGGCCACUCCUACACAGUCAGCUCUGGUCGCUGUAUGGGCAGCUUCAGCUCUUGCUCAGCAAUGACCCCCCAGAACCGGAACCACUUCCGGGCCAGCUCUGUCUCCUGCAGGAGUGGGCUCCGCUUCCAUGGUCUUAGCGGCUUUGGCAGUCGGAGUGUCAUCAGGUUUGGAUUGUGCUCACCCAGGAUAGCAGCUGUGUGCCCUCGGCCCAUCCGCUACGGAGUUGGCUUUGGUUUUGGCAGUGGGAUGGCCUUUGGCUUUGGUGAUGGGAGUGGUGUUGGUCUGAGGUUUGGAGCCGGCAGUGGCCUCGGCUAUGGCUUCAGCGGCCCUGGCUUUGGCUACCGAGUUGGAGGAGCUGGAGUGCCAGCAGCCCCAUCCAUCACAACAGUGACUGUUAACCAGAGCCUGCUGGCCCCCCUCAGCCUGGAGAUUGACCCUAAUGCCCAGAGGGUGAAGAAGGAUGAGAAGGAGCAAAUCAAGACCCUCAACAACAAAUUUGCCUCCUUCAUCGACAAGGUGCGGUUCCUGGAACAGCAGAAUAAGCUCCUAGAGACCAAGUGGAACUUCCUGCAAGAGCCAAAAUGUGCCAGGAACAACCUGGAGCCCCUCUUUGAGAACUACAUCACCAACCUGCGGAGGCAGCUGGACGUAGUGAACAGCGAAUGGGCCCGGCUGGAGGCUGGGAGGAACAGCAUGCAGGAUGUCCUUGAGGGUUUCAAGAAGAAAUAUGAAGAGGAGGUGGGACUCCGGGCCAAUGCUGAGAACGAGUUUGUGGCUCUGAAGAAGGAUGUGGUUACAGCUUUCUUAAAUAAGUCUGAUCUAGAGGCCAACGUGGAUACCUUAACUCAGGAUAUCGACUUCCUGAAAACCCUAUACAUGGCGGAAAUCCAGUUGCUGCAGUCACACAUCUCUGAGACAUCAGUCAUCAUGAAGAUAGACAACAGCCGGGACCUGAACUUUGAUGGGAUCAUCGCCGAUAUCAAGGCCCAGUAUGAAGAGAUCGCCAGCCACAGUCGGGCUGAUGCAGAGGCCUGGUACCAGACCAAGUAUGAGGAGCUGCGGGUGACAGCUGGCCAACACUGUGACAACCUCCGUAACACUCGGGAUGAGCUCAAUGAGCUGACCCGCCUGAUCCAGAGGCUGAAGGCAGAGAUCGAGCACACCAAGGCUCAGCGCUGCAAGCUGGUGGCCGCGGUGGCCGAGGCAGAGCAGCGGGGCGAGGCCGCCCUCAGCAACGCCAAGUGCAAGCUGGCGGAGCUGGCGGCCACCCUGCAGCAGGCCAAGCAGGACAUGGCACGGCAGCUGAAGGACUACCAGGAGCUGAGGAAUGUCAAGCUGGCCCUGCACAUGGAGAUCACCACCUAUAAGCGCCUGCUGGAGGGCGAGGAGAACCGGAUCUGUGAAGGUGUUGGACCAGUAGACAUAUCGGUAAGCAGUUCCCAGGGCGGCCUGGUGUGCGGGCCCGAGCCUCUGGUCACCACCUGCAGCCUCUCCCGCGGCGGGGUCACCAUCUUGGGCCGCAGCAGCACCCGGUCCAGCGGCUUCUGCGGCUCUAGCGUGGGCGGGGCUCAGGUCGUGGACGGCGGGGACCAGCUGAGCGCGGGCUUGGUUGGGGGGGGGCUCAGUGUGGUGGGAGAGACCUGCGCCCCCAGCGUCCCCUCCACUGAGGGCGGCUUCAGCAGCCGCGGUUCCAGCAUCCGCUUCGUGUCCACCACCACCUCUCGAUGGACCAAGUACUGA